UUCAUAUUAUUAUCGGAUUAUUAAAAGAAACAGAAAUUCAAGAUAAUAAAAAAUUCAAAAUAAAAUACAAAAUGUUUAAGAGAAAUUAUUGAUUUUAAAAGUUAAAAACCGUACAAUGUGAAAACGUUAUAGUAAAAAUCAUUUUUGGCGGUUUCAGGGAUAUUUUUUUCAAAAAUUUAAAUAAAAUUUAAGUUUUUAUCAAAAAUGCGAGAUAAAAAAAGAGUUAAUAAUAAAUGUCAUCAUCCGAACCAUCAAGUCAGCCAAAUAGCCUCGAUUUGGACUAUGAUAUGUGGCAGGGACAAUUUGAAUUUGUUGGGAAUAAUAACAAAAAUUCAUCGCCUAGUGAUAACCGAUCUAGUCAAGUAAAAAGUAACAGUGUUAAAGAUUUAAAUUUUAAUUUAAAUGAUUUAAAUUUCUCUAAUAAGCACCCGAUAUUGAUUGAUGAAGAAACAUUUUUAAGUUUACAUCCAAAUGAUUUUGAUGAUUGGAAUAAUUUAUGUUUAAGUGAUAACAGUUCAUCUGGGCCAAAUUCAACAAUAUAUUUUGAAAAUAAAGAAACAACCGAUAAAUCUUCAAUUUUGCUCGAUCUGGAAAAUAAAAAUUUAAUGUAUAGCAAUUUAUGUAAAAUUGAAAAUGCACCAAAUAAAAAUAUACUAAAUCAAAAUAAAAAUUCCAACAAUUGCUUCAAAAUUGAAGAUAUAAAAAAUUUUAAAAAUAAAUUAAUUUGUGAUGAAUUAACAGAAAAAAUCAUUUUAAGCAAAAAUAAUAACAACAAGGGCAAUGUAAAUUGCAUCAGUAGUGUCGGACUUAAUAAAAAUAAAAAAAUUAAUAAUGGAGAAGAUUCUUACUUAGCGGACACAAUGCAACAUUCAAAUGGAAAAUUAAAUUGCUUCACUGCCGAGAUUUGUGACACUCUUAAUGAACAAUUGGAGCUUCUUCAGAGGCAAGUUACCGAUUUGGCGGAUAGUCAGAGUACAGUUGACGAUCGUACAACGAGAACUAAAACUGAAUAUGCGGUAUUACAGGCUCGGUAUCAUAUGCUAGAAGAACAAUACAGAGAGGCUGAAUUGAGAGCUGAAGAACGUUUGUCUGAAGAGCAAAAACGUCAUCGAGAGUUACUGGCUCGUGUUGAACGUGAAGCUUCUCUACAAAACGAAAAUUACCAAAUAAAAAUUCGUACAAUUGAAAUUGAAGCGAAUUCGUUAAGAGAUGAAACACAACGCCUACGUGUAUUAUGUGAUAAACAAGCAAAUGAUCUACAUGCAACCCAAGAAAAAAUGGAACUGGCGCGUGAUAAUAUAGCAUCAUUAGAACAAGAAGUUGAAGAAGCCCAAAUUCGCGAACGCAAACAUGAUUUAGAAUUAAAGGAAUCAAAAGAUUUAAUGAUCCAAUUAAGCAAUGAAUUAGAAAGAAUAAGAGCAGAAAACGGUCCAGCGUUGCCAACAACAUCUCCAGAAACAAUAAGACUGGAAGAACUACAUUUUGAAAUUGAAGAAUUACGUCAACAAAAUAAAAUUUUAUUAGAACAAAAUGAGGAACUCCAAGCGGCAGUAUUCACUAGAGGUGUGGAAGAGGGGCGACAUUUAUUAAACGGGACGUUAAAUAGUUUAGCACAAGAACUUGAAGAAUUAACACAAGCUCAGGAUUCUGUUGAUUCAGCUACUUUAGCAUCUUUAAGUCAGUUACAACAAGCUUUCAAGGACAAAGAAGAAGAAAAUCAAAGGCUCAAAAAUUACAUUGAUACAAUAUUACUAAAUAUUGUUGAAAAUUAUCCUCAGCUUUUGGAAGUGAAAGCAUCGAUGCCAAAACAACAAACGCCAAAUGGCAAAUAAAUGUGUUAAAUCGUUUUGUGUAACAAAUUUGUUUACAAUAAUAAAGAACGACGUAAUAAAAAUUAUUGUAAAUUAUUUUUAUUUUGUACAUCUAAUUUUAUAAACCCUGUGAAAUAUCGAGCACUCACUACUAAUUUACAAAAGUACAAUAUUAAAUGCAAAUCAUUUGAUUUGAAAGCGGAAAAUGAUAAAUAAUGUAAAGGCUUUUGUAUUUUUGGUAAAUAAUUUUUGUAUUUUUGUUAAACACUUUGAAUGAGUAAUUUACAAAAGUUUUAAACAAAUAACAAACAUAAGGAAUUAAGAAUAAUUAAGAUUUGCUGGCCUUAACAUUACUUUUUUUACUUAAGUCAUUAAUCUUAAUAUAUUGUAUUAGUUACAAUUCAUGUAUUAGUACGUAUUGUACACACUUACAUACACAUUAUAUAAAUCAUUUUAAAAGUUUUGUAAAAAUACACAAAUAAAUUCAAGCAAAGCUAGAAAAAAAGUAAUAUUAUUUAGAAUUUAUUCAACAAUUUUGUAAGGGGCAACAAAUAAAACAAAUAAAAUUAAUAAAAGCUCUUAAUUUCAAAUCGCAAUACAAAAUCAAUUUUUAUGUUUUGAACGUUACUCCGUUUGGCGUAAGUUUGCAAAAAUGAAAAACUUUAAAGAUCAUAUUAAAAAAAAUAUUUCAUGAGAAGACUUUUGAAAACUUGUGGGGAAACGCAUUUUUAUAAAAGGUCAAAAGUAUGUUUUGUUAUGUUUUGUUUAAAGUUUAACGUAAAUAAUAUGUAAAUUCGGUAAUUUAAUAGUAUAGUAUUUUUAAAUAGAUAUGUAACAAUUUUUCAUUACACAAUUAAAAAAGUAUGAAAAAAUACAAAAGUAUAAGAUUUUUUAUGAAAAGUAAAAUUCCAAAAUUUUUUAAAUUUCUCAAUCUUUGAAGAAAACUUUUUGAAAUAGCAUAUAUGAAUUUAGACUUGAACUACUUCUUUUAUUGUUGUAUUUACAUUUCCUCCUUUAAACAAAAAAGUGUAAAGAACGUUAAAUUUUUUUUUAAAUUAUUGAAAUAAUAAAUAAUUAUUUUCAAUUCCAACAUGUUUAUAGAAUUAGUUAAGGUAGCAAUAAGGCAAUGAAAAAUUAUAUACCCUAAAAUUAAAAAAUUAUGUUUUUUUUUUUACAAUUUUCUCAUAAUUUUGUUUAAUUUUAGGAAAAUUCUUACUAAAUUAUCUUCCAAUUAUGAUUUAUUAUUGUUAAAAUUUUAUCAGAUUAAGAAAUUUAAAAACAGCAAUAGGCUUGAAGGAAUUUAAAUAUUUUCUAUAUUUGCUAAUAUAAUUUUUAGUAAUUUAAUAUUUUUUUAUUGUUGGUAAAUAUUUUUACUUAUUAAUUGAAAUUUUUCUUUUUAUACUAAUAAAAUUAUACAAAUAAUGUGAAAAACUUAAAAUUUUGCUGUUAAAAAUAUAUAUAUAUAUUUUCUUAACCCUAUUAUUAUAACUGAUUAUUUUAUGUUUCACUAUUAUAUUAGUCGUUAAUAU